AUGAGUGAUAAGAAAGUUACAUUAGGUAUUGAUUUAGGAACAACAUAUUCAUGUAUGGCAGGAGUAUUGCAAGGAAAAGUACAGAUUAUAGAGAACAAAGAAGGAGAUAGAACAACACCUUCAGUAGUUUACUAUAAACCAAAUUCACCAGGAGUAGUUGUAGGUAAUCCAGCAAUCCAGAUGGCACAAGAGAAUCCAUCACAGUUCAUUUAUGAAGCUAAGAGAAUGAUUGCAAGAGGAUAUUAUGAUAAGGAUAUUCAGGCAACAAUGAGUAAGUAUCCUUUUAAGAUUAAAGAGAUUAAGACAGCUAAUAGAACAAUGGAAGAGAGAAAGGUAGCAAGUGAUAAUGCAGCAAUUGAAGUAAAGUAUGAUAAUAAGGUUAAAGAUCUGGAAGUGUUUGAAGUAUCAGCAGCAGUACUAAACUACUUGUAUGAUUCAGCACAGUACAGAUUGGGAGCAUCACCAAAUUAUGUAGUUGUAACUGUACCAGCAUAUUUUAAUGACAAUGCAAAGAAAAGAACAAUAACAGCAAUGGAUAUUGCAUUUAAUGGGAAAGUUGAUGAGAAUAAUAAUCCAGUAAAGGUAGAGUAUAAAUUAUUAACAGAACCAACAUCAGCAGGUAUAGCAUAUGCAGUAUUAACUAGUCAGGCAAAAGAGGUAAAAGAUGAACAAAAAGUACUAAUUUUUGAUCUUGGAGGAGGUACAUUUGACGUGUCAUUUUUGUCACUUUAUUUCGGAGAAUCAACACCAACAGGAGAAGUACUUGCAACAGAUGGAGAUAAUUAUUUAGGAGGAGCAGAUUUUGAUAAUAUCAUAAUUAAGAAAGCUAAAGAAAGUUUCUAUAGAAGGAAUCCAAGUAUAAAUGAGAAUAGUUUGUCACCAGAAGAGAAGCAAAUAGCAGAUAUGAGAUUAAGACAGUAUGCUAUUAAAAUGAAGACAGAAUUAUCUCAAGAUACGAUGGCAGAAAUUAACUUAGAAAGGUUUAUUGCAAAUACACCAUUAAACUUCAGAAUGACAAGAAACGCAUUUGAAAGUGCAUCAAGGUCAUUAUUUGAUAAGUUAUUAGAACGUGUGAAAGGAGUGUUACUUUCAUAUAGGAAUGUAGAACCAAUUUAUGAUGACAAUGGAUACAUAAAUGUACAAGAAACAAUGUCACGUAAUAAGUUUAGUGGAAACUUAAAUGAUGUGAUACAACAAGCUAAAUUAGAAAUAGAUAAAGUAAUUUUAGUAGGUGGAUCAUCAAGAAUACCAAAAGUACAGUCAAUGAUGAAAGAAUUCUUUAAACAAGGAUUGUCAGCAAAUCAAUUAGAAGCAAGAAAGAAUGUAUUUGUAAAUCCAUGUAAUGAAGAUGAAGCAGUAGCAAUGGGAGCAGGAUUAUUAGCAAAUUCAAUCUAUCCACAUGAUGGAUCAACAGAUGGAACACUUAUUUUAUCAGAUAUCAAUCCAUUUGCACUUAACAUUGACACUCAAGGAAAUAUUGCAACACCAAUAAUUCCAGCAAAGCAACGUAUUCCAUGUUCUAAUUCUCAGGUAUUUACAACAGCUGAACAUAAUCAGACAGCUGUAACUAUCAAGAUAUCGCAAGGUAACAGAGCACUAACUAAAGAUAAUGUAAUUCUUGGAGAUUUCACUUUAAGUGGUAUUCCACCACAACCAAAGGGUGUUCCUAAGAUUAAAGUUACGUACACUCUUAAUGAUGAUAACAUUCUUCAUGUAUCAGCUGUAGAUGAAGGUUCUAAGACUCAGAAGGAAUUCACUGUAACUAACAUGAGUAGUAAAUUAAAUAGUGAUGAUAUUGAAAGAAUGAAAGCUGAUGCUGAAAAGUACAAAGAAUAUGAUGCUGAGAUUCUUGAGAAGAGAAAUUCUAUUAAUAAGUUUUAUGCUCUUAUUGAUUCAUGUGAAGAUCAAGUCAGUAAACUUGAUGAGUCUGUUAAAGCUGAAGUUCAAGCUAAGAUUGAUGAGUAUCGUACUUUCUGUGAUAAUGAAGUUGAUAAUUAUGAUUCUGUUGCUAUUAAAGAAAAGUAUGCAACUGCUGAGAAAACUUUAACUGAAAUGAUUGCAGGUAAAAUGGGUGGUGCUGCUCAAGGCACUUCUAAUCCCGAUGUAGAAGAAGUUCUAUAA